UCGGCGUGUCAACUGUCGCACGAAGACAAGGCAAUGUAUUCCCGGUGUGAAUCCAUCAGUUCUUUGUCUUUCAGCUGCUUAGUGGCUUCCCAGCCGUAUAUAGAGCAGGUCGACCAGUCCAGUCGUUGGUGCUGCCCCCACUCCUCCCGUGCAACAAACACCGUAAGCGUGUACUACUGUUAAAGGAUGGAUUUCACAAUUGCGAGAUCGCCGGGCCAAUGCUGCAUCAAGACUGUAGAACACACAGGAACGGCUCGCGGGACGAUAGAGAAGGUCGCUGAUGUUAACACGUACAUCGCGCAUCCAGCCAACCUUGACGAGAGCAGGAGGAUCAUUCUAUUCUUCGCCGAUGUCUAUGGCCCGUUUUUCCUCAAUUCGCAACUCAUCAUGGACUAUUGGGCCUCGCAAGGGUACCUGGUGCUGGCCUUGGACUAUUUUGAGGGUGACCCUGUGCAGAAUCACCUCGACGAGGUCGGGCCAAACUACAGCAUCGAGUUCGACUUCGUCCCCGGUAAGAUGGUACGGGCGAAGCAGCUCGCACCUGCAUGGCUUGAUGCAGUUAGGGAGAAGUUCGGUACCUCAAAGACGCAGUGGAUGGCAGUGGGGUAUUGUUUCGGUGCACCGUUCGUGAUGGACUGCCUCGCCAUGGACUGGAUCACCGCGGGCGCCUGUGCUCAUCCUGCAGUCCUCAAGGAUCACCACUUCCAGGAUAUGAAGAAGCCUCUAUUGCUCUCUUGUGCAGAGGUUGAUCACACGUUCCCAUUGGAGUUCCGCAGGAGAGCGGAGGAUAUCAUGAUUGAUAAGAAGGCGACAUACCACAUCCAGGUCUUCUGUGGGGUAACGCAUGGAUUCGCACUACGUGGAAAUGUGAACGAUCCCGUAGCGAAAUGGGCGAAGGAGCAGAGCGCCAAGACAAUCGGGAGCUGGUUUGACAUGUUCUGUAGCACAGCAGAGCUGCAAUCCAAGCUCUAAGCACCGUUGAAGCGGCAGGGUCUACCUGAAUGCGUCGUUGUAUAUCGACAUCUUCAUAGUGGCAGUGAAAUGGUUCAGUCUCUCAGUCUGGCCGAGAGUGCACGAAGC